AUGAAUGAAACCACCAUCAACAAAGAAAGAUCUGAGGCCCGGGUGAUGUCCAACUUCUCCACUGCCCUGAUUGCAACCGUUGUCACCAUGGGCGUGCUAAUCUUUAGCUGCAGCUAUAUUAUUCUGAUACAGAUCAAUCAAAAUAUCAGGACCGUGUUACGUAGCGGCCGGACUAAGUCGUUUGAAUGGUGGCGGGCACAGCUGAUGUCUCUGCUAAAAAUGUUGGAUGACAACAGAAAAAAGUUCUCACAGGUCUUGAAGGAAGAUUUGAAUAAGUGCAAAUCUGAAGGGCUCCUGUUUGAGAUAGACUUUACGAGAAAUGCUUUAGUAGACAGCAUCAACAAGUUUAAAAAGUGGACAACACCACAAAAGGCAAAGAAAGGUCUGUUGUACAUGAUGGACAAAGCCUACAUUCGCAAGGAGCCGUUUGGUGUGGCCCUCAUAAUUGGUGAUUGGAACUACCCCGUCCAUUUGACCAUAUUACCAAUUGUUGGGGCCAUAGCAGCGGGUAACUGUGUGGAACUGAAACCGUCUGAAAUAUCUUUGAACACUGCUGCACUUUUAGAAGAGCUUGUGCCAAAGUACCUUGGUCAGGAAGCUGUUCAAGUGGUAAAUGGGGGAAUUCAAGAAACGACCGCACUUCUGAAGGAGAGAUGGGACUACAUAUUCUACACAGGCAACCUUAUGGUGGGCAAGAUCGUGAUGAAGGCUGCGGCAGAACACCUUACCCCUGUUACAUUGGAGCUUGGCGGAAAAAGCCCGGUGUAUGUUGACGAAGAUGUAGACCUUGGCAUUGUGGCUAACCGUAUUAUGUGGGGCAAAUGUACUAAUGCAGGGCAGACGUGUGUGGCACCGGACUAUGUGAUGUGCUCCAAGACAACACAGGAGGCUUUGACAGAGGCUAUAAAACAAACACUGCAGAAUUUCUACCCUGACGGACCAGCCAAAUCUCCUGACUUUUGUCGUAUUGUGUCUGACAAACACACCAGUAACUGUUUUUUUUUCCCUUAUUUCCUCGGGGGCGGGAGAGUAGCAGUUGGCGGUGACGCGAAAGAUGAAGAGCGUUACGUCUCACCUACUGUGCUAGUGGAUGUCAAAUUCUCCCACUCGAUCAUGCAAGAUGAGAUAUUUGGCCCAACCCUGCCAAUAAUUCCAGUUGAAAAUGAAGAUGUUGCCAUCGACUUCAUCAAUACAGGACCAAUUGGAAAUACCCCUCUCACACUGUACGUUUUCUCCAAUAAUACCGAACUGCGAAACAAGAUCAUGAGAGAAACGAAUUCCGGAAGCGUCUGCUUUAAAAUAUACUUUAAGUCAGUGCAGUUUACCAUCUUUGCCAUUUGGAGGAGUGGGCAACAGCGGUUGAGGUAUCCUCCACACACAGACGACAAGUAUGCAAAGGCUGCCUGGUUCUUAGGCUCUGGUAAGCAGCCUAAAACCGGAUGGUUCUGGUAGUCAUAGAAACAGUUUCCAAUAACAACCAGUUAGACAUUAACAAAGUUCGAAUAGAACGAUUAAAACCCGUUAAGCUUAAUUUUGUUUUUCUUUAUGUAUAUCUUGCUGUAAAUAUUGGUCUUUAAAAAUGUGAAAGAUGUGUUUUUAUUUUCUUUCGAUUGAACUUGCCAGAUAUGUGGGAACAACCGAUAUAAGGAUAAUAAUGCUAUCAUGAUUUGAAUGGAAAAGAAUAUUUUAUUUUUGAAUACUUAGCUACAAAUGAAUUUUUCUGUAGCUUCUGCAGAAAAUGAGAAGAUUAAAAUAUGCCAUACAAUCGUUUGAUAAAUGCUUAGAAUCGUCGCUUAACUGUAUUAUAUUCAAUCAUUAAGCUUCUUAUACAUUACUUUCAUGUAUCAUCCAGUAUUUAAUUGUUAAUUUUGUAGUGUUUCAAUAUUCUCCGUCCUUUGAAAUCGAAUGUUUACACUGUAUGUUAUGUAAAGAUGCGCUGUAAAAUUGUGUCACUUUCGUGUCUGUAUUGGUCAAAAUAGUGUAUACAAUAGUUUGUUAAAAAAAUACAAAAAUAUAUUUUUUAUUCCCUAACAUCUAUAUUAUCAGAUAACACAUGAAGACAUUUUACAAACUUUUGAUAAAAAGCGUGUUAAUGAAUGAGUAAUCGCAACUUUUGUUUUGUUUUUAAUUUGUGAAUAGAUUUAAGUUAAAAUCUAAAAUACAGUAUUAUGUUAUUACUUCGUAAAUAUUCAUUGCAGAUCGAUUUGUGCUUUCAAAUACUUUAUGUGGCUCCUUGUGAUCUUUAAUCGAACAAGUCAGCAUCCAGAGUGGCUCUUUCUUUAGAUUAACGAUUUUUUGACGAUUUUUUGACGUAUACAAUCAUUUGCGUAAUUUUAAAAUAAUUAAGUUUAUCCCUGAGUUUUUUUUAAGGAAUUCACAUAAAUCAAUAUUUAAUACUUUGAUGUUUGUAGACCCUCUAAACAAUGUGGAAUCAAAAAACAAUACAACUAAAACCAGCCAUUGUUUUGUUUUUAACAGCUACAAAAAGGCCACUCUCGGUCGAUAUUUUAGACAUGGUGAAAAAUAAUAUGCUUGUUGCUCUAAAAACAAUAGCUCAUUUUGUUUGUGUAACAUAUGAAUAUUAUGAAAAAUGUUUUAAAAAGAUGUUAGCUCGCACAGUUUUCAAAUAAAGGAAUACAAUUUCAUUGAUAUAUAAUAUAUCUAACAGAGUCUAGUGUUUCAAUACUUUGUUUUCGAUUUUAUAUGAAAUUAAAAAAAAAUCAGUUGGGUUGUCAAAUAUUAAAUUUGUAUUUCGAUUUGAAGCAAAGUAACAUAUAUGCCAUUUUAUCAAACAUAGUUAUUAUUAAAUGAUAAUACUACAAUUGAGACCACGUCCAAGGCUUUUAUUGAGGGGAAAUUACUUUUUUAAAUGUAGACAUGUCAAUGGUCAUUAUGUUGUAUAGAAAGCUUAAUUAAAUGUUUUAAUAACAUUAAAGAGUGACAAUUCAAUGAUUGUGUAACGAAAAAAUAAAUACUUGUAAGAAA